GCCGGGAUUGGUGCACACGCUUCCCAAUUUCGUCCCCUGCGUCUUGCGUUUCCGGUUCCUCGGUCGUCGCGGCGUCCUCGUUGUUCCCGAAGUGGCGGCGUCCUUGUCCACCUGCCUGCGCUAUGUCCGGUGGCCUCCUGAAGGCGCUGCGCAGCGACUCCUACGUGGAACUGAGCCAGUACCGGGACCAGCACUUCCGGGGUGACAAUGAAGAACAGGAAAAACUACUGAAGAAAAGCUGUACAUUAUAUGUUGGAAAUCUUUCCUUUUACACAACUGAAGAACAAAUCUAUGAACUCUUCAGCAAAAGUGGUGACAUAAAGAAAAUCAUUAUGGGCCUGGAUAAAAUUAAGAAGACAGCAUGUGGGUUCUGCUUUGUGGAGUACUAUUCAAGAGCAGAUGCAGAAAACGCCAUGCGGUACAUAAAUGGAACUCGUCUGGAUGACCGCAUCAUCCGCACAGACUGGGACGCAGGCUUUAAGGAGGGCAGGCAAUAUGGCCGUGGGCGAUCUGGGGGCCAGGUGCGAGAUGAGUAUCGGCAAGACUAUGAUGCUGGGAGAGGAGGCUACGGAAAACUGGCCCAAAACCAAUGAGUGGUGAGAGCCCCAUCAUGAAAAACAGUCCGUUAGCCUGUUGAAUUUGUUGACGUUUAUACCCAAGGUCUACAAACCUGCCCAUUUUUACCAAGCUUUGAUCAAUGUCCCUACCAAGCCAGAAGCCUCUUCAUAAGAAAUUAAAGGACAGCAUCCAAAAGUAUGCCUUUGAUUCUAUAGUCUUAGAAUCUUGACCAUGUGUCAGGUUUCCAGAAUGAGUUUCUGUUACCAGGUCAAAAAUUGUGUUCCUUGGCAACAGAUUCAUUCUGUAUUGUUGAUUGAUCUAUGAGCCAAAACACCAUGCUUCUUUUAGGAAGGCUGGAAAAAGUAAAAAACUUACUUACUCUGUUUCAGUAAGUUCAUGGUCUACAUUUGGACCUGAAAUUACAUUUCUUCAGUUUUAAGUUUGCAUGAGCUAAAGCUUAAUAAGUGGAGUUUUAUUUUUGUUCUAACUUAGGAACAGGUGUUUGACAGCUGGUUUGGUUUUCUGGGUUGAAUUCUAAUCUCUAAAGGCAAACUUAGGUGACAAGGGAACUUCCUAAAUAGUUGGUGCAAAAGCAAGCCUUAGACAAUCCCAGGGGACACCACCUGCUUCCAUGCUUUCUAUCAGAAAAUGAGAUACGGGACUUGACGGCUAUUUACCAAACAUAUUUUUCAAAAGAUGUAAAUGUUUUACCUAAAGCAAAAAAAAAGGCAAGGGGUUUAUAUAAGUUCAACUUAAUACUCUUAAAUGAGGGGAAGGGGAGACACUGUCAGUAAGAGAAGAGAGGAAAUACCAAGGGAGAUGUGGGUUAAAACACCACCUUGACAUCAUGAUGGUUGCUAUAAGGGCCACCAGAUUCAUUCUUUUCAUUUUCGGAGUGAUCUUGGUAUUGGAAUGGGCUUAAAAAUAAAAGGCUUGAAGAUACGAAAAUACGUAACAGAAAGAUCAGCAAUGAUUCUCUUAGGAAAUGUGCUUUGGCCAGUUCUCAUACUGAUCUUUUUUUCCCCUAAUGGUGCUUACUGAGUUUCAGAGCCUUAAUAGUGAGUUAAUGGUCUCUACAGAGAAGGGAAUCUACAGAAUUUAUUUUGCAUUUGUAAAGCAGGAGGUGGUUUUUCUCUGAUAUUAUAGGUGAACUGUUGCUCAUUAAAACUGCUAGUCUGGUAUCAUUUCCCCUGAUGUAAGUGGACUGUUCAUCUAGCAACAGAGCAUCUCCUAACUUCCAAUAAUUGUGAAAAUUGGGGCUGAAGUAUCUCAGUGUGAGCAUCUUUCAUGUACACUAAGUGUAGAUUUUUCUCAUUAAAUUCAAACUGGUUAUUUGAAUUUUUAAAAACUGCUUAGGAAAAAAACACAUUUGCAAACAUUUAAUUUAAUGAGGAUAUACUAUUCAUUAAAAUUUUUUUACACUAUCGUGCGAAUUAAUGUAUUUUAUAUUCUUUUGUAGUAAAACAUAACUGAUAUCUACAGGCCUUAAGACCACAGACAGUGGUUCCUAUUUGAAUUGUGUCUUCUGUAAUAGAUUUCAAUAAAGUUGGACCAACUUAUUGUCUGCGCCCAUUUCCUU